AUGGAAUUUGAUCUAUCCUCUGUUAUCGGCGAGGAAUACUACUGCGCUGCCUCGACUGCCUCCUCUGGUUCCCCUGGCGGCGGUGUUACUGUUGCCAAGACUAUUUACAAGGGUCUCCACAAUAGUGAUGGUCAGCGCGCCUACCUCUCAUGGCAGAUCGGCUCUGAAUUCGGCGAUGCUGGUACCACAUGGAAUAAUGAUACCCAGGCCUGGGAACUCUCAAUUACAUCCACCGGUGGUGAAUGGGUCACCAAGUUUGUCGAGCUCGUGGACCUGGACAAUCUAUCGACCCUCGAUGGAGUCACCUACGAUACUCUAGUGAAAUGGAUGGAGACUGGUUUCGUUCGCUUCUACGACAGUCUACAGACCACCGUCCCUGAUUUGUCUAAAUUCAAAUCCUCUGGUGGAAAGCUGCUGCACUAUCAUGGCGAAUCUGAUCCUAGCAUUCCCUCUGCUUCUUCAGUGCACUAUUGGCAGGCAGUCCGCUCGGUUAUGUACCCUAAUGCCACGAGUGAGGCUAGUCUGAAGAGGCUCCAGGAUUGGUACCAGUUUUAUCUGAUCCCUGGCGCCGCACACUGCGGAACCAACACCCUACAGCCAGGUCCGUACCCUGAAGACAAUAUGGCAAUCAUGAUUGACUGGGCCGAGAACGGUGUAUCACCCACAUGCCUUAACGCCACCGUCUCUUCUGGUGAUUAUGAGGGUGAGACUCAGAUGCUGUGCCAGUGGCCUUACCGCCCGCUGUGGCGUUCUAUAUCCAGCUUCGAUUGUGUCUAUGACGAGAAGUCGAUCGAGACCUGGACAUACAACUUCCCUGCUUUCAAGGUGCCUGUGUACUAG